CGGAAAUUUUAUGUCAUUAUGAAUAAUAAAAAACGUAAGAAAUCCCGUCAUGUGCACGUUGUACCAAAAAUCGAUAACAAACCUCCGCAUCUCGACGUAUCUAUUUAUUUGAAAGCUCACGAUUUACAACAAGAUGCCAUACGAGUUAAACAAAUAGAUAAAGAAAAUAUAAAACUAUUGAAGAAGAUAAACAUAAUUCAUCGAUUAGGGGGAACUGUAAAUUGCUGGGCACCGGAUAUCAAAUAUAAAUCAAAAUUUCAGGAUCAAGAUUAUAAAAAUAAUAUAAUUAUGCAGAAAAACAGAGUUAUGUUAAAGAAAAUCCAUCAAGCAAAAAGUCAAUAUCCCGCUCGUAAAUUUUUGGAAAAGUGGAAAAGUAUGCAUGAAACGGUAGAGCAUCAUGCAAGAUACAUUUCAGUGAUAGAAAAAAGAUCUGUUGCAUUAGAUGUAGUAAAACAAUUAUCAGAGAAAAGUCGGACAAGGUGUUUCUUCGACAUUGGACUUAAAGAAGAAAAUCAAAACUUAGGGCGUAUAGUGUUCGAACUCUACGACUGUUUCGUACCACGCACAUGCAAGAACUUUGCAGCUUUCUGCCGUGGAGUAAACGGAUUGUCGUACAAGAACACUCCAUUUCAUCGUAUUGUCUCUGGUUACUGGUGUCAAGGAGGGGAUGUUACGAAGUUUGAUGGGACCGGUGGCACCUCCAUAUAUGGUGAUUCAUUCGAUAAAGAAAAGUCUAAUUUACGUCAUACAGGACCCGGUAUCCUUUCAACAUGCGACAACGAUGACGGAAAAAAUGACUCCAAAUUCAAUCUUACAUUUAAAUGUUUGAGAACUAUAGAUGGAGAUAAGACCGUUUUUGGCCGAGUAACAAGCGGAAUGAACAAUAUCUAUAAGAUCGAGGAAUUCGGUACGAAGACCGGAAAGCCAAUAAAAUCAGUGAUUGUAUUAAAUUGCGGAGUUCUAUCGUCGAAGUUGUCCAAGUUUCAAAUAUAAACAAAUUGUAUUAACUUCAUACGUAAAAAUAUAAAUUUAGUACAAAUUCCAACUGUGUGUAUGAAUAAUUAUAACUUCAAUAUCGUUCUAUCAGAAAUCAGCAAUUAGAUAAAUUUAAAAGAUAAUCUUAUAAAUUUUAUAAAAACAUAUAAAGUAAAAAAAGCUACUGUGUCUCGUAGCGGAUAAUACCUAAAAAAAAUUGUUUUUGCCCACUCUUCGCGAUUAUAACUAAUCUAAAUUUGAAAUCUUACAAAUAAUAUUAGUGUCCGGUAUUAGAUGCUGUCUGGACACUAAAAAAAUUUCCUCUUUAUUAUUCCUCCUAAUUAUAAGUCUGCUCUGUUAAAUACUAUAAUAGCGAAUAAUAAAGUAAAGAUCAAAUAAGACUUUUACUUAAUUUAUUUUUUAUUUACACUAGAUACCACAGAUGCGCGUGCUAAUAGCCUUUUUUACUUUUCCAAAAUAAAUUGUAAUAAUAAUAGUAUAGAUAACUAUUCAUACAAAUUAUAAUUUUUCUAACUCCGCGAUGACAUCUUCUCAUGAAGUUAACACAACAGAAAACCAAUCAGCGUUGCAAAAAAGCGGUGACAACGUUUCGACAGAUUCGAUUAUCGAUUUCAUGUCUUAUCAUUAGCAAAACAAAAUGUGAAGAAAUUUCCUAAGAUUAAUAUUAGAAAAAAAAUUAUUUUUUAACAAUCAAAGCUCGGAAGCGCUCUGUUUAAUCCAAAGUAUUCAAACGCACAUGAAUAAUUUGUAGUGAUAACAAACACCUAGUAUAUAUGAACAUUUAAUUAAUUGUGAACAAACUUUGUUUGGAGGUUGUUGUUUGCUGGCUAUUGGUUGGUAACGAUUGGUUAAUUAAUGGUUAUCGGUUAGUGGCGGUUAAUUAAUGGUUAUCGGUUAGUGGCGGAUGAUUGGGUCCUGCUUUUUAAGAAAGUAAAAUAAAUAAUUCUAUCGGUGACUGCAUCUGCAAUUUGUUCCAAAUUGUACAAAUGCAACGAUAAUCAAUAAAAGCAAUGCCGUUAGAAAAGAUAUUAUUUAUAACAAUCUAGGCGCACAAGCGCUUUGUUUACUUCAAAGUACAAUCGCGUUCUUUAAUUGUAUAUAACGAAAACCGUUAAUAAUUGACGUUAAUAGUUGUCGGUUAGCGGUUGGUUGAAACCCGUUAGUGUUUGGGAAAGCAAAAUGAAUAAUUCCUUCGGUAAAUACUUCUGCGAUUUAUGUCAAAAUGUACAAAUGCGAAGACAAUCCCAAAGUACUGCAAUGACGUUAAAAAAGAUAUUGUAACAGGCGCGGAAACGCUUCGUUUACCACUCCAAAAUACAAUCGCGUUUUUUAAUAUAUAUAUAUAUAGCUUGAAAAUCAUUAAAUCUUAAUAUAAUUGAACAUAAUCCCUACAAUUUUAAUCUUUUUUAAUUUUUUUGUAAUACAAUCAAUCACAGAAACUGUUAAAAUUUAACCGUCAAUUGUCAAAUUUGAUAGCAGCAGACUGCACAGAGUAGAACAAUAAAACACAAACAUGACAAUCAAUCAAGAUCGCGGAAAAACAAUGACAAAAUCAAUAAUACACUUUUUUUCAAUGUAAACUUAUUUUGUAUAUUUAUUUGUUUUAAAAAUUGUAUAGAGAUAUAAAAUAAAUUAAAAACAAAAUUUUUAUUUCAAUUACUCAUAAAAAUAACAUAUAUAUUUUAUAAAAAAUAUUUUUAACCCUCUGUAGUCACCUAAGUCCAGUAAACUCCCCAAAUGGUCCAGUAGAAUUAGACUUUUUUUGUAAAAAAAAUUAAUAACUCAGCUUUGACUUUGCGUAAAGUAUAAUUAAUGUGCGUAAAGAUAGGUACGUUUACCACUUGCAAAAAGUUGGGAGUCAUUGCAAAAUUACAAGUUGAAGUGAAGAAAAAGCAGUUUUUUGCUUACGACUCGUAAACUAAAAAUGACCCCCAACUUUUUGCAAGUGGCAAACGUACCUAUCUUUACGCACAUUAAUUGUGCUUUACGCAAAGUCAAACCUGAGUUAUCAAUUUUUUUACAAAACGACCCUUUUUGAAGCUAAUUCUACUGGACUAAAAAUUUAGCAUUCUGUAUCAUUAUUUAAACAAAUUUCUUUUUCUCAUAAUAAAAUCAACUAAUCUUUUCAUUUUUUGGAAACAUUUAAUAAAGUCUUAACUUCUCAAAGGUUAGCAUUAAAAAUCGACAAUCUUCUAAUGUAAAUACAUCUUAUACAUGACGAAUAAAUAUACUGAUGGUCAUGACAAUGAUCAUAUAAAUUGAUUUCCUGCCUUAUUUCCCGCCUUAUCUUAAAAACGUUUGUAAAUUGUAAAAUUUAAUUUAUUUACUAAAUAUCAAUCAUUUAAAUGCAUUUUGUAUGUAUUCUAUGCUUCAUAAAAAAAAUCGAUUCGCAAACGCAAUGAAAUUCUAUAUAGUCAUUAUGAAUGCACUCCCACGAUCGUAAUAUAGAAAUGCCUGUGAUGAAUGGCAUUCAUUUUAGUAUUUGUUAAUUAAUUAAAAUAUUAGAUAAAGAAAUCUGAAUAAAAAGCUUAAUAUUAAAAUUAUAUUUUUAUAUAUAAAACUUUCUACACAUACCAAUAUUUUUCCAAAUUUUUCUCCAGUUUUUAAUCAAAUAUCUCUCAUUAAAAGUUUCUCGCACUACGUUAAAGUAUCCAUUUUAUAACACGGCCACGUACUCUACGGAAAACAUAAAAAUAAAUAAAGUUGCGGAAACAAAUAUGCAUUCAGUUAAUAAAAAAUAUAAACAGACAAAAAACAAAUAAACGAAUAUAAAUUGAGACAUAAAUUAAAUUGAUAGUAGGUAUAUGCGCUGGUUGCUGCAAUUUUAAAAACAGGUCAUACGAUUUAAAAAUUGAGACUCGCGUUAUAAUCUGAUCAUAAUCUUGAUUGAUAAACGGAAUAGAAUAUUCAUGAAAAAAACAAGUAAAAAAAUCUUACGAUUUCCGCUUUAUUAAAAUUUGCAUUACAAUUAAGAUAAAAGUUUAGACAAGUUAUCUGAGUUGUUCUAAAAAUUUUGUAUAUAUUUAAGAAAAAACUAAGUUUUUCUUAAUUCAUAAUCCAAUCACAUUAUUGCUAUACAUAUAUUAAUUACACGUAUUAUGAAGGGUAAACAAUGUGUACAACAUAACGUGAUAUAAUAAAACCACAUACUUCUAAGCCACUUCGAGAGAGAUUGACAAAUAUAAGUUUUAUUCCAUCUCAUUUAUUUCACGACUACUUGUAAUAGAAUCAGUGUAAUCAACAUAACAACA